UGCACUUGAGAUAAAGAGAAGAAACUGUGUUUCUAAAAAGAAGCUGUGCGUGGAUUUCCACCAUCUACCAUCAUAAGAAACCAGUGAACUCGUGGUCACCCUAGCGUCAUGUCUAGCGGAAUCCAGAUUACGACCGACGAUAAACCGGCGAGCGGACUGGUUACGCCGUCCAAGAUGCCGAGUCCACCGGUGUCGGGGGUUCCUUCCAGCCCUUCGCAUCUACAGCUGCCGUCACCGAUAAUUACGCGCCGUACCAGAACUGCAUCGACAUCCGAUCGUGCUAUGCGCAACCCGAUCGAGGAAGGCAAGGUAAAGUCUUUCAGCAGAAGCAAAGGCCAUGGCUUCAUCGUACCGAACGCCGGAGGAGACGACAUUUUUGUGCACAUCUCCGACAUCGAGGGCGAAUAUGUGCCUCUGCCGGGGGACGAAGUCAGUUAUCGGCUCUGUUCAAUCCCACCGAAAUACGAGAAGGUACAGGCCAUCCACGUUCAGAUAACGCACCUGACACCAGAGAAGCAUUCACGCUGGGAGACGUCGAUGGGGCACGAUGACGGGCAUCGGUUGCAUUAG